GUUUGUGUAUGUGUGUAUGAACUGAGCGGAGGUGAAGAAGAGGAGGAUGAAGCUGAGAGCGGAGGAUGGGAGGAAGAGUGGAGUAAGAGACAGGCUAGCUAUCAAGGGCUGUAUAUGCAUGCCUGCAAGUGUGAAUGCGUGAGUGAGUGAGUGAGGAAGAGGGAGGUCGUUAUCGGACUGAAACAAAGACACAUUUUGGAACCCCGAAACAUUGUAAAGGAAACUUUAAACUUUUACCCGCCAGAGCUUGGCUACUGUGCCGGGUCCCGGCUUUGUUUCGCGACGGGGGAGGUCUACAAUAAAUGCAGGGAUAAAAUAGCUUCAGAUCGACAAUUUUAAACGCAAGAGGGGAAUCCCUUGGACGGUGUUUGUUGGGGGUAACGAGAGAAUGGCGGCCAACAUGUACCGUGUGGGAGACUACGUGUACUUCGAGAAUUCCUCCAGCAACCCCUACCUGAUCCGCAGAAUAGAAGAGCUUAACAAGACGGCCAAUGGGAAUGUGGAAGCCAAGGUGGUGUGUCUGUUCCGGAGGCGGGACAUCUCGGGUAACCUCAACACUCUGGCCGACAGCAACGCAAGAGACUUUGAGGAGGAGUCGAAGCAGCCUACAGUGUCUGAACAGCAGAAACACCAGCUCAAGCACAGAGAACUCUUCCUUUCUCGGCAGUUUGAGUCUCUCCCUGCCACUCACAUACGGGGAAAAUGUAACGUUACGCUCCUCAACGAAACAGACGUCCUCGCCGGCUACCUGGAGAAAGAGGACUGUUUCUUCUACUCGCUGGUGUUCGACCCGGUCCAGAAGACGCUGUUGGCUGACCAGGGGGAGAUCCGAGUGGGCUCCAAGUACCAGGCCGAGAUCCCAGACAAACUAGGCGAAGGUGAGUCAGACAACCGUAUCCAGGAGAAACUGGAGACCAAGGUGUGGGAUCCGGACAACCAGCUCAAAGACCCCCAGAUCGACCAGUUCCUGGUGGUUGCUCGUGCUGUGGGGACGUUCGCCCGGGCCCUGGACUGCAGUAGCUCUAUCCGCCAGCCCAGCCUGCACAUGAGUGCAGCAGCCGCGUCCAGAGACAUCACACUGUUCCAUGCGAUGGACACCCUGCAGAAGAACGGAUACGACCUGGCCAAAGCCAUGUCCACUCUGGUGCCUCAGGGCGGGCCCGUGCUCUGCCGUGACGAAAUGGAGGAGUGGAGCGCCUCCGAGGCCAUGCUCUUCGAGGAGGCCCUGGAGAAAUACGGCAAGGACUUCAACGACAUCCGCCAGGACUUUCUGCCAUGGAAGUCGCUAGCCAGCGUGGUCCAGUUUUACUACAUGUGGAAGACCACUGACCGCUACAUCCAACAGAAACGACUGAAGGCAGCUGAAGCAGAUAGCAAGCUGAAACAGGUCUACAUCCCUACCUACACCAAACCCAACCCCAACCAGAUUAUGCCUCCGGGUCACAAACCAGGCAUGAACGGCGCCGCGGGCUUCCAGAAAGGACUGAGCUGCGAGAGUUGCCACACUGCCCAGUCACCCCAGUGGUACGCCUGGGGGCCGCCCAACAUGCAGUGCCGGCUGUGUGCCUCCUGCUGGAUCUACUGGAAGAAGUACGGAGGCCUGAAGACCCCCACACAGUUGGAGGGCGCCGCGAGAUCUGGCUCGGAGUCCACCCCUCGCGGCCACAUGACCCGUCAGGAGGCGCAGGGCCUGUCCCCGUUCACGACGAGCGGGGGGCGCGCCAAACUUCUGGCCAAAAACCGGCAGACGUUCAUCCUGCAGACCACCAAGCUGACACGCAUCGCCCGCCGUGUCUGCACCGACAUCCUCCGGCCUCGCCGUGCCGCCCGGCGUCCCUACGCCUCCAUCAACGCCAACGCCGUCAAGGCAGAGUGCAUGAUACGGCUGCCCAAGGCAACCAAGGCCCCUAUAAAGAACCGCUCCAUCCCUCGGCCUCCACUGGCCAACAUCGUGAAGGAACUGGCCAUCCAGGCGCCACUGAAGUUGAAGGCUCCUCGAGGUACCCCCACCCCCAUCAACCGUAACCAGGCCAACCAGCCCCGCGGGGGAUCUGGCCUGCUCGGGAAGAGACCCUUUGACAGCGCGGCCGGUCUGCCGUUCCCCACCAACGGGAGGCCGUUCACAUCGGGCAUGAGGACCACCUCCCAGUCGGUCAUCAAGCGCCAGAAGGUGAAUCAGGGAGACGCGCCCAACCCAGUCGUGUUUGUGGCCACGAAAGACACCAGGGCUCUUCGGAAACACCUGACCCAGUCUGAGAUGCGUCGGGCGGCCAGGAAACCCCACCUCCCCGUCAGGGUGAAGCUGCCUCUACUCCCCCGGCCGUUGACCGUGCCCAUCCUGCCCUCCAGCACCAGCGAGCCCAUUGUCCUGGAGGACUAGGGGACCUUUGACCCUAUCGUCACUCGCCUGCAAGUGCAGCGGCGCACACGCCAUACCAGUAGUCGUUUUCUUGUGUCAUCUUUUUUUUUUUUUCUUGUGUUCUGUUACCUCCCCAAAUGCUGAGGUGCUGCUCUCACACAACCGCGCGCACACACACACACACACACACACACACCUACACACACGUUCAUUGCAUCUAGCAUACACAGUGUAAUGAAGUGUUCACACACCAACCAAGAACAUGCAGUAGGCUUUGGGCUUCGUAGUAUUUUAUUCCGGCUCUUUUUUUGCUUAAUUGUUUUGCUCCCCUUUUUUAAUGGCAAAUAUUUUUUACUGUGUAAUUUAAAAUCAGAAAUAUUUCUCAUCCUGAAAUAAUGGUGAUAAAGCACACUUUAUUUUUUCCUCCAGGUCCUAUAUUUUGUGUAAAUAUUUGCAGCAUCUUGAGGGGUGUGACACCUAUUUGGUUGGGGAUGGGUACAUCUGAGAGAGGGCCAUAGAAAUGGUAAUACUAGAAUGAACAAAGUCCCUCAGAACAUUUGAACAAUUUGACCGAAUGUCCGUUUUAGUCAUUCUAUUCUAUAGGGAGGGGCUAUGUGUUUUUUUGGUUUUUUUUUAGCAUGUUUCUUUGAUUCUUUUUCUAGAAAGGUCUAUUUUGAUGAAGGUUUUACCCACAUGUCAUCAUCGUAGAUCUGGGAGAUUGUAGUAAAGUGCUUUGUGUGACCCAUUUGUCAGACUCACUUAUCAGACUCUAUUCUGCCAUAAUCUGCUUGACUCCAUUUGCACCAUCAAAUUUUCACACAGCCGAACCUAAUCAACCCCCCCCCCCCCCCCCCCCCCCACCGCAGUUUUAGGUUUGCUAGUGAGGACAUAAUAAGCUGUUGUUUCCCUAGGGCUUUUAAACUAGGGCUUUUAAACAACAGCCCCUCCUAACACCCCAACCUGUUUCACCAGUUGUUUGUUGAGCCCUGUUUUUCCCUGUUGUCCAGUCUAUUUUCCUUUUAUUUAAUUGUCAUAAUAUACGUGACAUUUUUUUUGCCCAUCUGGAGAGAGGCAUUCUGGAUCCUUCUUUGUAAAGCCUUUUUGGGAUGGACGUGCCUGAGAAAGUACCGCCUGAGUAUGGUGGGGGGGGGAGGGGGGGGUAAAGAGUAAUGUAUUAGAAAAGGGUAAUGUAUGUCGACCGGGUUGAAGAUAUUCAUCUUGUGUUGGUAUGGAAGAUAAUCAAAUGGCUGAUAGGUUACUGGUGUUGGGACGUGUAGAGGUAUACUGUUGGCUUUGAGGGCCUUAUUUUGAAAAGGAUGUGUUUUAGUGAAGGAGACAGAAUCAUGUUAAAUAUAACAUGCUAGGUGGAAACUCCAUUUUAAGAUGGUUGUGGUCCCUGUGCAUUUUGCCCCCUUACUCGUUCACAUUCAGACCCCCCAACCGAUUGAGUAGACCAUAACAUUUGACUGGAUUGUUUGGCUCUUAAGAUUGAAUGAAACUGACCGAUAAUGUUGUGAGUCAGUGGUUAUCAGAUAAUCCUGUUCCAAAAGCAGCGAUAUGUAUUGGCUUGUGUGCUGAAGUCAUGAUUUUGAUGAUGAUGAUGGUGGUGAAGAUGAUGGGAGAGGAGGCUCCGGUGAUGUCUCUACAUGUGGGUUGAUUUGGUUUGAAUCUUUAUUUUCCCUUGUUGUGUUUAUGAUGAAAGGGUGAGUUAUAUUAAAUCAAUGCUUAAUUGGACAUGAUAGUUUCUCAUUCUCCCGCCAGGCUUACAAACAGCCUGUAGGGGGUUAGAAAUGGUGGAUUUAUAAGAAGGUUUGGUCCCUAAGUGGGCCUUUGUAAAAUGUUUCUAAAACAAAUUAAAGUGUUAAAAUGCUUAGUGGAAAUACUAAUCUGAAGAGAAAAAAAGAACUUGGCCUAUUGAAAACUUCAGUGUUUUUAUAUAAAAUAUUGGGGGGGGGGGGGGGGCUUGUAUUUACUCCAUAUUAUGGAGAGGGUUAAAAUACUGUACAUGUGAACAUUGUUCUCCAUCAUUGGGUGGGUUUGGGAUGGGAGAGGGCAUCAGAUCAGGUGGGGGGGGGGGGGGGUAGUUGGAGGGGCUUAGAAUUUUGUAUGUUGGAGAGAGAAUUAUGCUACAAUUAAACUUUUCUCAAGUGUUUUUUAUUCCAGCGUAUCUGUAUCCUUUAAUGUAUCUUGAUAAGAAAAGAAAUAAAGAUUUUUUUUCUUCGUGGUCGUA